CUCCUAUUGCUGGAAUGAAUAGUGUUAUUUUGGGAUAAAAAUACUUGGAGGAAGCUUAAUAAAUUUUUUUUUAACAAUUUAGGUCACAAAUAGAUAAAGCGUCUUGUUAUUGAUCCGAGACUGCCACAUAAAGGCGUCGGUCAAAGAUACGCUUAACACCGCCAUCUUACGUUACUACUGUCAACUUCAGUCGAAUUUAGUGGAGUAAUUUUGUGAGAAGUGAUGCUAAAUUCAAGACUGCACGAGUCUCAAUAAACCUAGGCUUAUUGUGUACAAAAUGCUACAGCGAUAACCUAGAAAACAGUCAUAAAUGCCAUGAGCAAAAUGUCCGAUCUAAAGCAAGUGAAAGUUGAUAACUGGGGGAUAUACUUCCUCCAGCGGCUAAAGCAUUUUUUCAAUCGAACCGAUUAUUGUGACCUAACGCUGCAGUUUCAAGACAAUGCGCAGCUAAAAGUGCAUCGGUUGGUGCUCAGUGCGUGCACCGAGUACUUCGAGCUGCUGGAGCGGACAUGCGAGAUGUACGAGGACUGCCUGGUGAUGCCGGACGACCUCCAGGCCGACGUCGUCGUGCCCAUCGUCAACUUCAUGUACACCGGCCAGCUUGAAUUUAAAAUAGAACUUCUUGAAAAGCUGUACCAAACAUCACAAAUAAUGAACAUGCCAGUGUUGUCCAAACUCCUCGACGCGCAGCGCCAGCAGCAAGCGGCUCCUAAACCUCCGCCAACGCAUAGUUACAGUGGCUUAAAAAGUUAUGCUAAAAGUACAAGCAGCAAGCAAAAAGCACCGGUUCCCUCUACAAGUACCUCAAAGCGUACAUUUAGUAAAGCUUUUGAUAUUGAAACACCAAGAGAUAAAUCCUACAGCAAGGCUACAAGUAGCACAAGUAAUGGCAGGGCUUUUCGCUCACCUUCUCCGGUCCAUAUAGAGAACCAUGUUCCUCCAAGGAAGUUUGUUAAGCGUGAACCUCGACCUACCAGGUAUGAGCUCCCUGAGGAACUUGAUACUGAUAAUAUUUAUGACAACUCAUUUACUGAUAUAUCCUAUACCUCUACACCCUUGAUGGUACAUCCAGAAACAACAAAGCGGUAUUCAGGCAAAAGGGGCCAGUUUAGUUCACCAUCAAGCUCGAAAAGAUUUGCUCAAGGGCCCUCUACUGUUGAAAUUGUGGAAUGUAGGAAAAUAUCUAAGGAAGAAAAUGUUUAUGAUGAUGACUCCAUGAUAAAUGAACCAGAUAUGUAUGGGAGAGAUGUUUUACCACCUGAGCCCCCAGUUAAAAAUUCCAGCCAACUUUUUGACCAAAUAUUAGAUAAUAAUACAGGUCCUAAAGUGACAAUUGAAGCUAAGAACAGCAAGCAGGCAAGCAAGUUGGACCAUGCCAAGAUUAUAAGUGAAGUGCUAAAGAAGUACCCGCACUUAGUGAAAAGUAACAAAAAUAUCAAACUCAAACUUUUGGACACCCCAACCAAACCAGUCAAAAAACGACCGGUGACCCCACAAAAAAUACACAAAGAAGAUUUGCAGUUGAAACAAGAACCAGACUUCACAUAUGAAUCUGAGGUUCUAGAUUCUGCAAAGGCAGCAAAGCUUAUUGCCAUGGGAGCAGAGAAUGUAAAUGGGCCCUGGAUCUGCCUUAUAUGUGGAACACCUGGUAGGGCUUUACAUUUUACCUCUUAUUACAAAUUCAGACGCCAUUUGGUUGAAGUACAUAAUGAGAAACCAGUUUCAAAUAUGUGUGAAUACUGCGGUAUGAAGUCACUUAAGAGAAAUUAUUUAUUACACCACUUAUACACUAAACAUGGCAAGAAACCUCCACCUCAGUACAAUUUCCCAAAAUGUAACCUUUGCAGUUACAUAGCAUUGAAUGAAGGUUACCUAGUCAAACAUAAGAUGACACAUGUAGAAACAAGAAAUUUCCGUUGCAAUGUGUGUGUUGCAGCAUUCAAUUCUUCUGCCAUGUUGUUAAUGCACAUCCAAAACACAGGCCAUAAAUACAGUGCUGAAAGAAGAACCAACCUCCAAUGUGUUUAUUGCCUCAAAGUCUUUUUACGCGAAGCCAAUCUUUAUGCUCACCUGAAAACUAAUCACAAGCUAGAAGCUAAAACUGACUGCAUCAUUGAUGAUUCUGAUGAGGAAAAGCAAGAAGAAGAACCUAUUGAAAGAAUUAUUGACCGUAAGCCCAUUAAGUAUGAGUUACCUGUGACCUAUGAACAGGAGUCUGAGGACGACACUGCUUAUCAAAUUCAGCAAAAGCCUCAUGGAACCAUAGAUAUUGUAGAACGGCCAAAAAAACAUCGCACGGUUACCGCAACACCAAGGCAAAAGAUCUUAAAUUCAGGUUUUGGUGUGCCAAUCCAAUCUACUAUACAACCUUCAACUCCUCAAAAGAAACCUAAGCCACAGACAAUACAAAAUCAGUUUCUUAAAGAGCUUAGCAUUCCACAAAUUGAUAACUCAAACCAUGAGGAAAUUAUAAUGAUUGGUGAUACUGAAUACAUUAUGAGGGAUAAUCAACUCAUACCUAAAAAUUCUAAAAUGGCUGAAAAUGAUCAAUAUAUUCUGUCUGAUAUGCUACAUACAGAUGUGGAUCAAACAUUACAUACUCUGGAGUCUGAUACAUCACUUGAGUUUUCAAAUAUCCAUAAUUCAACUGAAAUUAAUCAAUCUGAUAUGAAAUUAAAUAAAAAAAUCAACAUGAAUCAACCAAUUCAGAUUGUAGUUUCAAAUGAAGAGGAAUACAAGGCAUUGAUGUCCUCUAAUCAUUCAAUAAUAUUUGAUGAUACAGAUGCGAGUAAACGAUUAACAGUAUUGGCUGCUUCUCAUAAUGCUACAUUGGAUGGUACAAUAGACCUGGACACUACACAAACUAAUGACAUGAUGAUUAUUCAAGAUGAUUUUCCAUUAAAUGUGUCUGAGGCAGUUUCGAGUGAUAAUUCUAACAUAGUUGUUGUAUACAGUCAUCCAGUUGAUGAUCAUAAUAAACCAUACCAACUUAUAACAUCACAAGCUCUUGGUGGGGCUCAAUUUGUUUCCACCUCAGCAGUACUCACUAGAAACUAUGAGACUGUCACAACCACUUCUGGUGUCGUAAACACUCAAAUAAUUGAUAAUCAAGUUAGCUGGCACAACAAUCUUGAACACAACAUAGACAGUCAACAAAUACAAGUAACACAGGAGCCUCAGCUCCAAGUACUUACAAAUGUGGAAGAGGUGGUCAUGGCUCCAUCACAAGAUGAAAUUACUAACAAAUUAGAAGAGCUCCCAGAAGUGCAUCUGCUGCCUGUUGCAUCAAAAGAUGAAUCCCAAAUAAAUCAAGUAUCACAAAUGGUAGAGCCAUUACCAACUGAAUCAGAUGCUCAUCACAAUAAUCAGAAUGAGGAACAAGCUGCCGAAAUAGUGGCUGCGGAAGAAAUUCAAGUAGCCACAUCAAUGUCCAUCGAAGUGGAUGUUCCUGCACAAAUAAUAAAACAUUCAGAAAAUCUAGUAGCCAUGUCAACGGAAGAGCCUAUUUCUGAAACUAUGCAAACAGAAAAUCAUGACAUUGUAGCUCAAGAUGAAGCUCAAGAGCAAGUUUCAACUGAAGUUGAGGAGGCCAUGGAAAAUAUUCAUGAGCCUUUGGAUGAAUCAGCCAUUGAAGAAGAAGAAAAUGUACAGAAUGUAACGGAAAUUACAGAGGAAACAAGUGAGUCACAAGAAUUUGCUGAAGAAGCCACAAUUGCUGAGCAACCAUUAAAUAAUGAUGGUCCUUCCUUUACACCUGCAACCCAGGAACAAAUUCAAAAUUUGACAUCAGAAUGGUCAGAAGACGAAGAUGAGGCAAUUGCUCAGAAUGAGACUAUAGAAAAUGAAAAUUCUGAAAACACUGUUCCUGAAAUGGAUAAUCCAGAUAACAAUUCUGUGGAGCUAGAAGAAUCAGUAGAGAACAUCCAACAAGAAAUGGAGAAACAGAUGACUAGAAUAGUUGCAAUUGAACCCAUUGAAGAAUGUGAGAAUCCCAUGGAAGAAAUGCAGACCGACCAGGGGCUACAAGAAAAUGUUACUGUGACCAAUACUGUACCAGCAUGCCCCGAAAAAAUAUCAUCAUUACUUAAUGACUGGGAUGAGAAUGAUUCUCAAGAAGAAGAAGAGGAAAGAAAUGAUCCCACAACUGAAAACGAUGGCGAAAUCACUAACGAAAAUGAGAUUGUAGCAGCUCCUGAAGAUAUUGAAAGUGAUGCUGCUCCAAUUGUUGAGGCGCCUACUGAAAACGAACCACAUGAACAAGAAUGUCCAAAGAAAGAUGACAAAAUUAAGAGUCUGGUUAGUGACUGGGACGAUGAUGAAGAAGAUGGGCCUAAGGAAUGAGAAAAGCCACCAGACAGACCCUGGCGGAUAUCAUCAUGACAAAGCUGGUGGAGCCGAUUAGCAGUUGUUGCGGGCGAUCCCAACACUUGCCUUAGGCAAAAUAUGUAUUGUUAUAAAUUCUAUAGAAAGUUUACUUUAGCUAAAGUAUUAAGAGUCAUUUUCUUAUUUAUACAAUAAAUAAGCUUACCUACACAUUUGUUAUGUAAAUAAUACCCCAUACACAAUACCAUGAUGUAUUUAUAAAUAUAUUAAUUAAAGAUGCUUAUAUCCAUAUAGUUCUCAUAAACUUGGUAUAUUAUAAGUCUUCUUAAAUAAAUGUUAAAUUUGAGUAAUUUCUGUAGCUAUUUGAUUUUUCUACUGUCAAUGAAUGGUUUGAGUGUUUCUUCCAAAAUAUUUGACCAUUAAGUAUAAAUAUGAUAUAGACUGAGGUGUGUGGCUAAGAUUGUUUUACAAAUUAUGUUGUAUGUUUUUGUAGUGUGAAUAAAUAGGUGAAGCGACUGGGGAAGUUCUAAAUGUCAAUCAAUGUAAUCAAUGUAUUUAAUACGUAAUAUAAUUAUGUAAACAAUUUAGAAGAAUUGCAAUCCUAGAUUCCAUUAUUACCAACUACUCCAAUAUUUUUGUAAGUUGGAACCUACAUUAAUAAAUUCAUCAAUUUUUUUUUUUUAUAAAAGUAUUUAUUUACAAUAACAAUAUACAUAAUGGAUAUAUACAGAUGAUUACUAUAACUAGCUUAUAUCUAAAAUAGGCCCUUGAGGCAUUGUACCAAGGAUGCUGGCGGCAUUUUCUCGUUGUAUCGCAAUACUGAUACGUUGUGCGAGGAAGCCGCCAGCUCUUCGGUCACCAGUUACGUCAACCAGACGUUUCGCGAUUUCUCCAAAAAACUUGUGCGCGCUGGGACCUCAUUUUUUGUUUGUAUUUGGCCAAUAGAUUUCUUGUUUGCCUUGUUUAAAAACAAAAACCACAUAGGUACUUGGACAAAACUAAGAACAUGACAUGCCAGUCUAAGGUGGCUAGCACAGAACAUAAUAAUUAUUGUAUUCCGUGGUGGCUAGUUACGGAAUGUUUAUUGUAUAUAUAAUUCUUUCUUUCUUAUUAUGAUAUUACUAGUUAACACCUAGGUACAGUUGGCCUCUAAAUGUAAAGCAAAUAAAUAAACAGACCAUGCAAAUUUUAA